AUGGCUGAUUCACUGGAGUCCACCUGCUCGCGACCGGAUGAUCCGGUCUUACCCGAGUAUCCCGAAAAAGCCAUGCGCUGCAUGUUGUCAGAGGUUCUGGAGGACAAGCUCCGGUCACUGGAGCUGCGGCUCGAGGCACGUUUUCGAGAUUUGCUGCGACGGGAUGUCGUCCCCAGACUCAGGCGUGUUGCCGGUGAGCAGCUCGGAGACACAGAAUCCGAAGUGUCUUCAAACUUUCCCCAUCUGCUCGCAAUGCCGCCAACAUUGAUUGCCCCGGCCGAAGUCACCGAAAGCACAAGCAAGGAAACUGCCAAGAAAGACCGUGGAGAGGAGGAAGAUGACACUCCUCAGAGCAAAGCGAAGAGGCUAAGCAUUACUUUUGGGGCUUCCCACGACGAGACGCGCCGCGAACAUGCACGGAGCUUGCGGAGCUCGAACGCCUCUCAUGACAAGCUCAAGCAGACCGCACUGCAAGUGUGCAUGAGGAGUACUGCGGUUGACAUGACCUUGGCGGCGGUCAUUUUGCUAAGCUCGGUCCUGGUCGGGUUCGAGGUCCAGUACACAGCGACAGACAGUUCAAGUGCCCUCCCAGACGUCUUUGUAGCAGCCCGCAUGACCCUCAAUGCGAUCCUUGCUUUGGAGCUUCUGCUGCGAGUGUAUGCCUUCGGUUGGCGCUGGUCUGCGCGCCAAGGCUGUACCUGGUUCUUCUUCGAUGCUUUCCUCGCAGCGGGAUCAGCUGUAGAACUUGGCUUAGACAUUCGCAGCUUCUUUUACGAGCCGUGGGAGGGAUUGCCUGGUUUCUCACAGCUGCGCCUGUUGAAGAUCCUGCGGGUGACCCGGCUGCUGCGUGCACUGCGGAUUCCUUCACUCUUGAAAUAUGUUGGUCCUCUGCAGACCCUCGUUUCAUCGAUUUCUCACACCCUGUGGUAUCUUGUUUGGGCGGCGGUCCUGCUGGUGCUGAUGAUCUACACCGUUUCAAUCCUCUUCGCCCAGACAGUGACUGCCCAUGUAAUCACGGAGGGGGUGGAAGCUGUCGAGGAUACAAAGCCAGCCUUGCUGGAUUUCUGGAAAGACCUCUUCACAUCAAUGACCACUUGCUUCAUGGCAAUAUCGGGCGGCAUCAACUGGCAGCUGGUGUAUGUUCCCUUGAACGAGCUGGACCCAAUCAUGGGCUUCAUCUUUAUACUAUACAUCUCGUUUACGUAUUUUGCGUUACUGAACAUUUUAACUGGUGUGUUCUGCAACAGCGCGAUGGAAGCACUAUCGAGAGAUCCUGACAUCGUCGCUAUCUCGAAAGAUGCGACACACUUGCGCAAUCAGUUGUCAAACCUGUUCUACUUUAUUGACAAGGAUGACUCUGAAGGGAUCACGCUUGAUGAAUUUGAAGUAUGGAUGGCAGAGGAGAACGGAAAGUUUAACUUGCAAGCUCUGGGAAUCGAAGGAGGGGAUGCGUGGACUUUGUUCAAGCUUCUUGAUGAAGAAGCCUGCGGUUCAAUCUCAAAGGAUGCCUUUGUAGAUGGCUGCCUGCGCUUGCGAGGCAGUGCUUCAGGUGUGGACAUGGCAACGUUGCGUUGCGAAUCGAGGGCAAUGCAAGAACUGCUGGGCUUGCUCGUCAUGCGGCUGGAUGCAUCGACAUUCCCGAAGCCACGCAGGCCAUCUUUUCCCAAGAGGCUCUCCAAGAGAAGUGCAGUGGCAGCUGACGUUGAGGUGGGAAUUUUGCUCCGGGCCGACCCCAGGUCACCAGCAGGACCUGGCGGAUCAUGCUGGCCAGCUUCUCCACACCAGGUGCCAUACUUGGAGCUGGCAAAGCGAUCAGAGGCGCAGGAUAAACACUUCGAUGCUUGGUUGCUAUAUGGCAAAGCGACUGAGGGAAGUGUGAAUUCCGCGGAGCUUUUCAGAUGCAGGGCGACCUGUGCCCUCGCAGCAAACCUCGCCGCCUGUGCCGUUGCCGACGCAUGCAGGGGAGUUGAGAUGGGAGAUGCCCUUUGUCACGAGAUUAUGGCACGCGGUUUGGAGUCGCUUAACAGACUCGAAGAU